UGCCCGCCGCCUCGCACCCACCGUGGCUCUGCUCCACCUGAGCGUCGUCGCGUCUCCCGCCGAUUUCGCACCGCAUUCCGCCUAUACACAAUUUCCGCCUAUAUUUUUUCGGGCUCCCCCCGCCCCUGCCCGCUUUUUGUUUACACGUUCGCGCGCGGCCUCCGAGCGCCUACUUUUCCGCUUCUUUCUCCCGCCCCGCGCCUCGAAAUUAAUCGGGAGCCUCUCCUCCGACGAAACAAAAAUUAAAAGGAUUUUCCGUCUUAGCGCCGCCGCCGCCGCCCGGUAACCGGUAAACAAUUGGAUGCCAGUACUCGAUAAACUUAUGUUCGUCGGCGGCGUGUUUUGUUUCUCGGUUCUUGAUGAAAAUUGACACUCGCGGUUCCGGUUGCGGCCUGCUUUUUCCAGGAAAUACAAGUGAGGAUUAGGCGAGGGCUUUAAACAGCUCGGGAGCUUUUUUAAUUCCCCCGGAACUCGAGGAGAGAGCAGAAUCGCUUGCUCUGAGUUGCUGAUCGGAGCUUGGCCGAGCAUAUUCGAAGGAGGCAAAAGGGAUUUAAACAUGCUAUAAUAAGAUUCAUGGACGAGUUCUUUUUAAGUCCCACCAUGGACUUAGUUUUGAUGAACAUCAAACUUCACAAUUCAUACUACAAUCUUGUCUGAUAGGUGAGAUGCGAUCCGAGCCGGGGGCGCAGACGGAGAGCGCCGUGGACUUGUUCAGCGACUGGGCAGAGAACUCCGGCCACAUCACAGCCAAAACAAACUCGACCAAAUCGGCGACCAGACGGUCCAUCCGGAGAUGUCAUAACCUCGCCGCCAAUCUCAUGCCAAUGGAUUUCGAUCUCACAGACUCGUCCUCGGUGAGCGAUGACACGGCGAGUACGCUGGGAACAAGGAGUCGGAACACAUCGUCCGGCCGACGUCGAAAACCGGUCCUCAAUGCCAAAGAAAGGAAUCUCAGGAGACUGGAGAGCAACGAAAGGGAGCGCAUGAGAAUGCACAGCCUCAACGAUGCUUUCCAGUCCCUGCGAGAGGUGAUCCCGCACGUGAAGAAGGAGCGGCGGCUCUCGAAGAUCGAGACGCUGACGCUGGCGAAGAAUUAUAUAAUGGCUCUAACGAGCGUAAUUUGUGAUAUGCGAGGUGAGGCGAAUCCGUACGCGGAGGCCAUGGGCGCGGGGGAGUCCCGGUCCCCCGAAUCGCCGCGCUCCCCCCGCUCCCCCCGCUCCCUCGUCGACUCCCCGCAGGACCUCGAGAAGAGCUUCUACGAGCCUUUCGACAAGCAAAUCCCUGAUCUCAUCUGAGACUCACCCAUGACGCACCGCUGCGCCGCCGUUUCACUCAGCUCCGCCCAAUGAAUACACCGAUAGCGACGCACAGUGGAGCGAGGUAAUAAAAGAGGUCCAACAUGAAAUAUUUGGCUAAAAUUAUAGAUUUUGAUGUUUACACUGAAAAAAAAAUCUCGGUGUAUUUACUAAGAAAAGGGUAAAAUUACCAA